GAGCAUGGGCAACGUAUUGAAGCGCAGUGGACGAAGGCGUAAAUCCAAGGACAAAAAACUAAUAAAAAAUCCGGUUAUUUUAUAUCGUCUGCUUUACUGGAGCUUGAUCUUCCUGCUAUUGGGCGGACUACUCGCCGGCGUAUAUUAUAUGCUGCAAUCUGAUUUCGGACAGUGCAAUUCUUACGAUAGCAAGUGCUUCUGAUAGACGC